CCCGCCCGGCGGUCCCCCAGCCGCACGCCCCGGGGCCGACUUCCGCCCGCGCAGCUUCCCCUCGCGGGUUUCGGGAAGUGCCCUCCCUUCCCCUCCCGAGCGCCCCGUGCCUCCGGCCCUGCGCUGCAGCCUCCCGCCGAGCUGCUCCCCAGCUUGGCGCGCCCGGGCUCUGGGGACCCCCCCCCCGGGACCCCCCGCUCUCGGGUUGGGCCAUGGCGGCAGAUGCCGUGAGUGAGGUGGGGGCCAUGGCGGAGGAGCGGCCCCCCCGGCUGGUGGAUUACUUCGUGGUGGCUGGGCUUGCAGGGAACGGAGCACCCAUCCCGGAGGAGACUUGUGUCCCCGAAUCUAGUGGGCCCCUGCGUGCUCCCCGGCCAGCAGAUCCCAUCACGGACGUGGCAGUCAUUGCCAGGGCGCUGGGCGAGGAGGUGCCACAGGGCUACACCUGCAUCCAGGCCUCGGCCGGGGGCCACCCCUUGGAACUCAGUGCUGGCCUCCUGGGGGGAACUCAGCCCGUCAUCUGCUACCGCAGGGGCCGUGACAAGCCCCCCCUCGUUGAGCUGGGGGUCCUGUAUGAAGGGAAGGAACGACCCAAGCCUGGCUUCCAGGUGCUGGACACGACCCCGUACAGCCACUCGGCCAACCUGGCCCCUCCCGGCCCUGGGCACCCCCGCACCUACCUCACUUGCCGGCGGGCAGCAGAGGGGGCGGGGCUCCAUGCUCUGGGCAUCACUGACCUGUGCCUGGUGCUGCCCAGCAGGGGCGAGGGCACGCCUCAUACGUACUGCCGACUGGCCCGCAGCCUCAACCCUGGCAUGUGGGGCCCAGCGGUGUACCUGUGCUACAAGGUGGGCCUGGCCAAGGCCAACACGCUGGUAUACGAGGCAGAGCUGCUGGGUCGCUACCCAGAGGAGGACAACGAGGCGUUCCCACUGCCCGAGUCUGUGCCCGUCUUCUGCCUGCCCAUGGGAGCCACUGUUGAGUGCUGGCCUGCCCAGACCAAGUACCCCGUGCCCGUCUUCUCCACCUUCGUGCUCACGGGCGCGGCGGGUGACAAGGUGUACGGCGCCGCCCUGCAGUUCUACGAGGCCUUCCCGAGGGCCCGGCUGUCGGAGCGCCAGGCGCGGGCUCUGGGCCUGCUGAGCGCGGUGGAGCGGGGCCGGCCGCUGGGGGGCCGGGCGGUGCGCAGCCGCCGCGCCAUCGCCGUGCUGUCGCGCUGGCCCGCCUUCCCCGCCUUCCGCGCCUUCCUCACCUUCCUCUACCGCUACUCCGUCUCGGGCCCCCACCGCCUGCCCCUGGAAGCCCCUGUCACCCGCCGGGCCCGUGCGCACGUCCUUCACAACGUGCCCUUCCCUUCCCCACAGAGACCCCGCAUCCUGGUGCAGAUGUCUCCCUAUGACAACCUGCUCCUCUGCCAGCCCGUAUCCUCACCCCUGCCCCUCAGUGGUGCAAGCUUCCUGCAGCUGCUGCAAAGCCUGGGCCCUGAGCUGGCCAUCACGCUGCUGCUGGCCGUGCUCACAGAGCACAAGCUCCUGGUCCAUUCACUGCGGCCAGACCUACUCACCAGCGUCUGCGAGGCCCUGGUCUCCAUGACCUUCCCACUGCACUGGCAGUGCCCCUACAUCCCGCUGUGCCCGCUGGUGCUGGCAGAUGUGCUGAGCGCCCCCGUGCCCUUCAUCGUGGGGAUCCACUCUAGCUACUUCGAUCUGCAUGACCCACCUGCUGACGUCAUCUGUGUCGAUCUUGACACCAACACGCUCUUCCAGACCGAGGAGAAGAAGCCCCUGUCCCCUCGGACCCUGCCCCGCAAGCCCUACAAGGUUCUGCUGGCCACCCUGACAAGCCUGUACCAGCAGCUGGACCAGACAUACACUGGGCCUGAGGAGGAGGCGUCCUUGGAGUUCCUGCUGACGGACUACGAGGCAGUGUGCGGGCGCCGGGCACGGCUGGAGCGUGAGGUCCAGGGAGCCUUCCUCCGCUUCAUGGCCUGUCUGCUCAAGGGCUACCGGGACUUCCUGCGCCCGCUCACCCAGGCCCCCUCCGAGGGGGCUCGGGAUGUCGACAACCUCUUUUUCCUGCAGGGCUUCCUCAGAUCCCGGGAGCGCUCCAGCCACAAGCUGUACUGCCAGCUGCUGCGCACACAGAUGUUCUCGCAGUUCAUCGAGGAGUGCUCCUUCGGCUCCGCUCGGCACGCUGCCCUUGAGUUCUUCGACUCCUGCGUCGACAAGGUCCACCCAGAGCAGGAGAAGCCUGAGCUGACGCCCUUGGUGGAGCUGGAGGAGCUGUCCGGGAGUGAGCUCACGGUCUUCAUCACACCCCCCGAGGAGCCUGCAGCGCCAGAGGGCGGCGAACCGCCCCCACAGUACUGCUACGACGGGUUCCCAGAGCUGCGGCCUGAGCUGUUCGAGUCCCUGCGGGAGCAGCCCGGGGCGCUUCCCGUGCCCGGCCCAGCCCGUAGCGCGCCCAGCAGCCCUGCCCCUCGCCGGACCAAACAGGAGAUGAAGGUGGCCCAGCGGACAGCGCAGAAGUCAGCAGCCGUGCCGGAGCUGUGGGCCCGGUGCCUGCUGGGACACUGCUACGGACUGUGGUUCCUGUGUCUGCCAGCCUAUGUGCGCUCGGCGCCCUCCCGCGUACAGGCCCUGCACACGGCCUACCACGUGCUGCGCCAGAUGGAGAGCCGCAAGGUGGUGCUGCCUGAUGAGGUGUGUUACCGGGUGCUGAUGCAGCUGUGCUCCCAUUACGGACAGCCUGUGCUGUCCGUGCGAGUCAUGCUGGAGAUGAGGCGGGCGGGUGUCGUGCCCAACACCAUCACCUACGGCUACUACAACAAGGCCGUGCUGGAAAGCAAGUGGCUGUCGGGUACACCAGGUGGGCGCCUGCGCUGGGCCAAGCUCCGGAACGUUGUCCUGGGGGCUGCUCAGUUCCGCCAGCCCUUGAGAGAACGGCGGCGGCGGCAGCAGCAGGAGCAGGAGGCGGCCGCACAAGAGGCUGGCAUCGGCCGGACAGAGCCCUGCCUGGAACGGCCCUCCCCCACCCGCCCACUUCAGCGCCAGACCACCUGGGCCGGUCGAAGUUUCCGGGACCUGGCUUCCCCCGCGGGGCGCCUGGUGAAAAGCGGCAGUCUGGGCAGUGCCCGCGGGGCGCAGCCCACCGUGGAGGCUGGCGUGGCCCACAUGAUAGAGGCCGUGGGGGUGCUGGAGCCCCGGGGUUCCCCUGUCCCCUGGCGCGAUGGGAGCCUCUCGGACCUGAGCCUGACUGGUGAGGAACCGGCCCCUGGAGGCAGCCCAGAGGACUCGGGCUCAGCUCUGAGUGCCCAGUCAGCGGAAGCCCUGGAGGGGCUGAGCGGGCGGGCGCCCAAGGCUGGCGGGAGUCAGGAGGAGGCCAGCACCCCACGACGAGGGCUGGGCGCCCGCCUACAGCAACUGCUCACUCCUUCCCGCCGCUCCCCUGCCUCUCGCACUACGCCCCCUGAGCUGCCCCCUGAGCUGCCGCCUCCGGCCCGCCGCAGCCCGAUGGACAGUCUCCUGCGCCCCCGGGAGCGGCCUGGAUCCACCGCGUCCGAGAGCUCCGCCUCUCUGGACAGCGAGUGGGACCUCUCCGAGCCUUCCAUCAGCAGCCUGGGCCUGCGUCGGUCCUCGGAGCGCCUCAGCGACACCCCUGGGUCCUCGCAGCCACCUUCCCUGGAAAUCCUGCUUUCCAGCUGCUCCUUGUGCCGCGCCUGUGACUCGCUGGUGUACGAUGAGGAGAUCAUGGCUGGCUGGGCGCCCGACGACUCCAACCUCAACACAGUGUGCCCCUUCUGUGCCUGCCCCUUUGUGCCCCUGCUCAGCGUCCAAACCCUUGACUCCCGACCCAGUGCCCCCAGCCCCAAGCCUGUCCCUGCUGGUGCCAGUAGCAGCAAAGAUGCUCCCGUCCCUGGGGGCCCAGGCCCCGUGCUCAGUGACCGCAGGCUCUGCCUUGCCCUGGAUGAGCCCCAGCUGUGCAACGGGCACACAGGGGCUGCCUCCCGGCGGGUCGAUGGGGGUGCCUGGGCGUACCUGAGUCCCCUGGUGCUUCGUAAGGAACUGGAGUCGCUGGUGGAAAAUGAGGGCAGUGAGGUGCUGGCCUUGCCUGAGCUGCCUGCUGCCCAUCCCAUUAUCUUCUGGAACCUUCUGUGGUAUUUCCAGCGGCUGCGUCUGCCCAGUAUUCUGCCAUGCCUGGUGCUGGCCUCCUGUGAUGGCCCCCCACCUUUGCAGGCCCCGCCUCCCUGGCUGACGCCCGACCCAGCGGCUGUGCAGGUGCGGCUGCUGUGGGACGUCCUGACCCCCGAUCCCAGCAGCUGCCCACCUCUCUACGUGCUCUGGAGGGUCCACAGCCAGAUCCCGCAGCGGGUGGUAUGGCCCGGCCCCAUCCCUGCAGCCCUCGGCCUGGAGCUGCUGGAGGCCGUGUUGCGCCACGUGGGUCUCAAUGAGGUGCAUAAGGCUGUGGGGCUCCUGCUGGAGACUUUAGGACCGCCUCCCAGUGGUCUGCACUUGCAGAGGGGCAUCUACCGUGAGAUCUUAUUCCUGACAAUGGCUGCUCUGGGCAAGGACCAUGUGGACAUCGGGGCCUUUGACAAGAAGUAUAAGUCCGCCUUUAACAAGCUGGCCAGCAGCAUGGGCAAGGAGGAGCUGAGGCAGCGACGGGCACAGAUGCCCACCCCAAAGGCCAUUGAUUGUCGCAAGUGUUUUGGAGCACCUCUGGAAUGCUAGGGACCCUUAAGCUCUCCUCUCCAGCCUGGGGUGGGGAGGUGAGGGAGAACGGAUUCUAGAGAUACCCUGCUUUCCUACUCCUUUUGUAGAGGAGUUGGGACCGGGCUGGGAAGCAGGCCCAGCCUUAGGCUCCGAAUGUGGGCAGCAAGAAGAGGGACCCACUGUUAGCAAAAGUCAUAGUCCCCCUAUCUCCAGCCUGCCCAGUAUGCUCAUGCUGAUAUUGUAUGAGGCCUGGCGGGAGUUGGCACAGCUCUGUUUCUCUCCAGGUUAUACCAGGAACUCUCCUCCAGGGUACCCACCGAUCUGCACUGCCCUGGACAUUAUCUAAGUUUUUGUUUUAAAAAACAACUGGAAAGGUACAGAGCUACUGAGCCUUUGCCCUGAAUGAGAGGGAGGGAUGUCAUUCUCCGCUAGUGAUGGUCCUUCCUCCUUGGAACUGCUGAAGUAGCCCAAAGCUCUCCGUCAGAUCUUCCCACCUUAGUGUUUGCGUUUUCAGUUAUUUAUUCUGGAACCACCGCUCCUUGCUUAUGAGGUUCCUAGGGAUGAUGAAAAAGAAGGGAAGCGGGGCACCAUGGUUCAGUGGUUCAUAGCUCCUAUAAAGUCAGGAGAGAGCUAGAGGAGCCCCAUACUCCCCUCAGGAACAGCCAGGCCUGUCCAGUCCUAACCCUUCCCAUCUCCUCUGCUGUGGGGAAUGCCUCGCCCGCCCAGGGCCCUGGCUGCGCAGUAAGGAUUGUUCCUUGCGAAGUUUUGUUGGAUGUAAAUAGAGUAAAAGCUGCUUGUCUUUUUC